AGAGCUGUAUGGUUUUGUAUGAUUUUCACUAUGUUUAUUUUCCUUUCUUGCUGGCUGUUUUUUUUUGGGACUCUGUUUCUAUGUGCCCCUUUUGUAUUGCGUAUAUUAAUUUCGAUGAACAGAAAGCGAUCAUACGUGAUAGUGAAUACAAAUUGUUUUGCCGAAAAGUAACGGAAUUUUAUUUAAAUAAAUGUUCAUUUCAGUGUUAAUGGUAUUAACGAUGACGGAUAAAUGUGGAUCAAUUACGCGUGUACAUAUCAAUCAAAUGUGCGAUUAAUUGUUUUCUGAUUGAUUUCAACCGUAUAAUAAAUGCAGUGGUUAUGGUUAUGCUAAUGUAAUGAAUGGAAAUGUAAUACGUAUUAAGUGUGCCAAUUGUUUAUUAAAAGCUCAUUAGUGUGCGGUUCGACUUUUAUUACCAAAUUAGCGAAUACGAACAAUAAUGAAUGUGGUGUUAAAGUGCGGUAAUAUCUGGCUAUGAGACGGUGUUUAACUACUUAAUUGUAACCACAAUUUCAAUAACCAAAUAAUACUAAAAUAAUCAUAACAAUGAUUGAACAACAGCAGUUACCUUUCCCUUUCAUUCCUAUGGAUAUGAAAUGCCAACAAACAACAUCAUCGGAAACGACAACAUCAAUGCUUGCGGCUUUGUGUGGUGGAUGUUGUGGACCAAUCUGUGAUCGUUACAUAAUGAGAGUGGUGGACACAUACUACCAUGAGGGAUGUCUACAGUGCACUCAAUGUGCAGUGCGUUUGAUGCACUCAUGUUUUCAGCGAAAUGGGAAAUUGUAUUGUCGAAUUGAUUAUGAAAGACUGUUCAUCAAAAACCGUUGCCUAGGUUGUGGAGAUCGAAUCAACUCUGAAGAGCUGGUAAUGCGUACAUCAGACAAUGUAUUUCAUCUGAAAUGCUUUUCGUGUGUUGUUUGUGGAAUUCAACUACAGAAAGGUGAACAAUAUGUCGUAAAACAAAGUCAAUUGUUUUGUCGCACGGAUUAUGAGAAGGAAGUUGAAAUGUUACAGGGUUUUAAUGAUGAUUACUUUUCGGAAGAUGUAUUCCCAUCAAAAAUCGAUGGUAGACGAGGUCCAAAACGACCGCGAACCAUACUAAACACACAGCAACGGCGCGCUUUUAAAGCUUCAUUCGAUGUGUCGCCGAAACCGUGUCGAAAAGUCCGAGAGAAUUUGGCCAAAGAAACUGGCUUGAGCUUGAGAAUCGUGCAGGUAUGGUUUCAGAACCAGAGAGCGAAGGUGAAAAAAAUCCAAAAAAAAGCAAGACAAGAAAAUAAAAGUUGCAGUGAAACGGAGUCCUUGGGCGAAUCGUCAAUGGAACACGAUGGUUCUACAAAAAUAAAAGACGAAAAUGAGAGUGAUAAUGAAUCGUAUGUUAAUGGAAAUUUAGAAGCCGACCAGAAAAUGGUGGUCAAAGAGGAAAUGGAAAACGAAGAGGAAUGUUUCAAGAAAGCACUAAAUUUGUGCACAAGUCUGCAAAAUUACAAAGACGAUCCAUCAUCAACCGACAACAUGCAAUUAAAUGCCAUCAUGGGUUUGACGUAUUCGGCAUUUCAAUCGUUAAUGGGACCGCUAUCAUCACCACAAAUACUCAAUCCAAUCGAUCGACUAUAUUCAAUGCAAAAUGCGUAUUUUCGUUGUGAUGAUGGAAAAUUUCAUAUUAACGACGAUAUGGGAAAUUGAUAAAUAAAAUAUUUUUUUUACGUUCAUUUCACUCAAAACUUACUUGAAUGUGUUGUUCCGAAGGGAAAACAAAAAUUUAUAAUUUUUUUGUAUAAAGAAAAACAAAUCCCAUCAAAAGAGCACCAUUGUAAAAUGAAAUUUGUUGUAAGCGAUGGAAGGAGCAAUUUAUUUGUAAAAACAAAACUAUUUACUUAAACAGUGCGUUGUGGCUAUUUAUUAUUACAGUGAAGUGCAAUAUAUGAAACAAAA